CAAUAACCUUGGUCUCAGGGUUAUAAACCCGUGUACAUUUCAGAUGUCGAAUUAUGGACUACUGGUUGCAUUUAUGAUCUUGACACUAUUUUACCUCUCAUCGGUGUUUGUUUGCAAUUCAAAAAAUGUGAACAAAGCCACUAUGAAGGCUCGGGUUAAGGAGAUGUUUCUCCACGCAUAUAACAACUACAAGGAUAACGCUUUCCCUGCUGAUGAACUAAUGCCGCUUACCUGUAAGGGUCGGUAUCGGUGGACAGGAGUUAACAGAGGUGACAUAGAUGACGCAUUGGGCAAUUUUUCACUAACGAUGCUUGACGGACUCGACAGCCUUUUCUUAAUUGGAGAGUUUGAUGAGUUUGAAGUUGCUGUAAAAGCUGUAGUGAGAACUGUAAGGUUUGAUUCUGACGUUGACGUUUCAGUUUUUGAAACUAAUAUUCGCGUCCUUGGUGGUUUGUUGGGAGCUCAUGUUGCUGUUAUGUCAAUCAAACAAAACAAUGACUCACGAAUGGAUUGGUAUACGAACGAACUUUUACAAAUGGCUGUUGAUAUUGGAAAUCGGCUAUUACCCGCCUUUGAUACACCAACUGGUAUCCCUUACCCUAGAAUUAAUCUUCGUCACGGAUAUUCGGGUUUAACAAAACAAGAGGAGAAUACAUGCACUGCUUGCGCAGGUACAAUGAUCCUUGAAUUCGCUGCUUUAAGUCGACUAACUGGAAAUCCAAUUUAUGAAGAAAAAGCUGCCAAAGCAAUGGCAUUCUUAUGGAAACAACGUAAUCGUUUCUCAGAUCUUGUUGGUCGUGUAAUCAAUGUACGCAAUGGAGAUUGGAUUCGUCAAGAAUCUGGUGUCGGUGCAGGCAUUGAUUCAUAUUAUGAAUACUUGUUAAAAGCAUAUAUAUUACUCGGUGAACCAGUAUAUUUACAUCGUUUUCAAACACAUUAUGAAGCAGUUAAUCGAUAUGUUAGUGGUCCACAAUCAGCUGAAUUCCCUUUUCUAUUUUUGGAUGUACAUAUGCAUAGACCAGCACAACGUGCACGUACAUUUAUGGAUGCGUUAUUAGCUUUUUGGCCUGGUAUACAAGUUCUUACAGGUGAUGUAAAACGUGCAGUUGCAUUACAUGAAUUAUUAUAUUUAAUUCAUAAACGUAAUAAACUUUUACCUGAAGCAUUUACACCAGAUUUCAAUGUACAUUGGGGUCAACACUUACUUCGACCUGAAUUAAUUGAAUCCACUUAUUUAUUAUAUCGUGCUACGGAAGAUCCAUAUUAUUUACAAGUUGGUGAACAAAUUGUUAAUGAUUUAGAAAAGUAUACACGUGUACCAUGUGGUUUUGCAGCAAUUAAGGAUGUACGAACUAUGGAGCAUGUAGAUCAAUUCGAUUCAUUUGUUCUUGCUGAAACAUUUAAAUACUUGUACUUAUUAUUCGCUGAACCAUCAGAUAUUCCAAUCAAAGUAGAUGAUUAUGUAUUUACUACAGAAGCACAUCUUUUACCAUUAAGUUUAUCUCGUCAACGUUAUUCAAUUAAGAAUGUAUUCCAUACUACGAUUCAUAAUGUUUCCUCAGUAUUGAUGAAGACAUCACAAUAUGAUAUUAAUAGUUCAAUCCUACAACAACAACAACAACAACCAUCAUCGACUUCAAAAAUUGAAUCAUCUUUUAUUAAAUCAAUAGCAGAUCAUCAUGGUGAUCGAGAUGUUAAAGUUGAAAAAUUAUUACAUAAAGCAGCUCAAUGUAUUGCUGUAGGAUAUGAGCAUAGAAAUCCUAUUAAAUGUAUUUUAGAUACUUCUAUGACAAAGAAUGAUACUACUACUACUAGUAAUGAAAAUAAUGAUAACAAUGAUCUUGUUAAUAAUCAUUUGGGUUCAACAUGUGAUAUAUCAGAAACGCCUGGUUUCUUUUAUGGUUAUCAUAUGAGAAAAUUACCGAAAUGUAAUGAUUCUGAUAAAAUUUUAUCGAAAUCAUAUAUUUGGAAUAUUAUUGAUGCUAUUCGACAACCAGUACGUCAGAUAGCUAUAAAUCUUGAUCGAUCAAUAAACGACUUCACUGUCGGUGUUCAACAUCAUCCUCAUAAACAUACAAAAGCACCAUCACCGUUAUCAUUAAGAGCAAUUGAUUUUCAACCUGACAAUGCAUUACACUUGAAUAUAUUGAAAAGUAUGGGUAUAUCAAUGUCAUUUAAUCAAGAUGGUAGAUUGACUUUAACACAUCAUCAGAAUGCUGCUGAUAGUAUUGACUCAGCAACUGCAGGAGUUAUUUUCAUACAAGAAUUGAUCACUUUAGCAAAUCAAAAACAAAGUUUGGUCGAUCUUCCUGUGCAGAAUCGUUAUGUCGUUGUAAUCGAUCCGCCAAGUUAUGGUUUUACUAAAUUUGUUGCCUGCCCUGCACAUUUUGGUUUAUUCCCUGGAGAAGAAUUAAUACAAGGAAAAGGAGAACAACAACAGAAGGAAGCAGGGACCAAGGAUUCGAACACAUUUGAAAGUCAAGCAAAACAACAACAACAAUCGACAUUUUCAUCGUCGUCUUCUGCGAAUCCAAGUGAGCGUCGUUGGAAACCUUUAGUGGGUCCUGUACGUGUUGUUUAUCCAAUGGAUGCAUGUCAACCUAUUAUGGAAGAAGCGUAUGCUUAUCCAUCUGUUGAUCUUCAAUGGAAUCAGAAUUCUACGGAAUCAUUAAAUCCUUCACUCUUUAAUAGCUCAGAAAUUAUGCGGCAAAGUAAAGGAUCUAUUUCAGGUGCUAUCGGUAUUGUACGUCGAGGUGGUUGUGUUUUUGUUGAGAAAGCAUAUCAUUUAGCUCAAGCUGGUGCUAUUGGUGUAAUUAUAGUUGAUAAUAAACCAGAUACAUCAAGUGAAAUUGGUCCAUUAUUUGCAUUAUCUGGUGAUGAUGAUGAAUUGAAUAAAAAAAUUCAUAUACCUAUUGUUUUAUUAUUAAGUAUAGAACGUGAUAAAUUAUUAAAUUUAAUGCGAAUUCAUUGGAAUCAUACAAAUCAACCAAUUCAUGUUAUGUUAACUAAAGAAUAUGAUGUUGCAGAAUCCUUCAACUCAGCAUUAUCGAUGAAUAAAGUGAAUAGUGAGAAAAACCAAUCUGACUCCAUUGAAUUAAUCACUGAUUUAUAUCAACAAUCAAUAUUUCCCAUAAUCAAUAUAUUAUGUUCUAAUAAAAUUACCGAAUCAAUUAGUGUUUCUAUAAUGCAAAAUUCUACAAUGAAUCUUCAAAAUGUUUCUAUGACUAAAAUCAAUGAAGAGAAUACAAUUAAGAAUUUAUGGUUAUUUACAUUUAUAAUGAAUCAGAAUGAAUCAUCGAGUUAUUUUAUACCUACUACUACUACUACUACUACUACUACUACUACUACUACUACUACUACUACUACUACUAAUACUACUGAUAAUAAUACUAAUCAAAUUCUUAAAGGAUCACUAAAAGAACUUUCUAUAUGGCGAGAUUUAUUUGUUAUUACAUUAAAACAAAUUGGAAUUAAUCAUGAUUGUUAUCAUUUAAUUUUGGCAUUUAUUCAAAUUGCUUUACAUAAAUUAUCUUCAAUUGAUUCAUUGAAUUAUACUAAUAAAACAAUCAAUAUAUCAAUUGAAUAUUAUCAAUUAAUUAAUGAUUGUUUAAUACAAACUAUUCAUUUGUGUAAUAAAACAACAACAACAACAACACAACAACAACAGUAUUAUGAUAAUCCUAUUGAUAAUAACUAUAUAUCUAAAACUGUGAUCACUUUACAAUUGGGCUUUCAAUUCACACCACCGUCAUCAUCAUCAUCACCACCACCACGACCACACCCAACAACAACAUCAACACAUCAUCACUUAUCUUCAAUUAUUUCACCUACCCCAAUUAAUCCUACUCAUUCUUAUAUAUCUGUUCUUAAUGAGACUGACAGUUCACUAUAUGGUGAUAAUGAUGAAUUGUAAGAUAGUAUUAUUGCACUCUUUCUUCUCUGUUUUUCUCUUUUGUUUACAUACAUCUAUCUCAUUGUCUUGUCUUUUUUUUUAAUAAAUUUCUAUCCUCUCUCUUUUUCGUUAUUUGUUUUGUUUUGAUUUUUGUAAAGAAAAUUUGAUUGUUACCACCACCACUACUAUUAUUACUACUGGUGGUAGUAGUAUUACUGCUGAUAGAUGAAAUGUUUUUGUUGUUGUGUAAGAAGAUAAAAAACUUCUUGUGUAUUUGAUUGUGUUCAAUGUGCUUCUUAUUUAUUGUUGUUUGUAUUUAUUUUCAUUUUGUGAAAAUGAUUGUAAUUUUUGUAAUCAAGAUUCUCUUCUUCUAUUAAAAUUUAAUUCUUUUCGUGUUAAUUGACAAUCAUAGUGAUAUGGGUGAAUGCAAGAUAAGAAGUAUAGUAGUUUAUUUACUUUAUUUAUUUAUUUAAACACAUCAAUAUUGAUACAAAGGGGCACUGAAUAGAUAUGCACCACACAAUUCUUUUGAUUUGUUUGUAGGCCGUGGUACUGCCCGGAUGCGCGGAUCAAAUCAAGUGAUUUUCUUAGGGGGCCACACCCGAAACCUUCUACCUAAAAGUUCUGAUUCACAAAGUACUGGAGCAACAUCAGAAGAUGCAGUCCCAUCGGUUCAUACACCAUUCGUUCCAUCCGGAUCCUGGAGCCCAUAUGCACCAUUGGUUUGUGGUCAGGGUUUUUCAACUCCUCUAGGUAGAUCAUCCAAAUCGACCAACCCGGUUAAAGCACCGGACAUUCGCUUUUCGUCAUCUCAAUUUCGUAAACAACAGUAAUGCCACAAGAAGGCAAUUAGUAGGGCUUCCCUGUCAGUGGUUAUAUUCACGUGGCCACUUGAGAGCAUUUGGAGAGGGAAAACUGACUCUUCCCACCGUCGGCCGUAUCAGGGCAUGUGGGGAGGCGGUAUAGUAAUAAAAUAAAUUAUAGCUACUAUUUAUUAUUAUUAGUGUAGAGAGUAAUUCCCUACAGAUGCAAUUGCAGACUUCUCCCCUAAACUGUCAAACACAGAGUCUUAGCUUAGCUAAAGUUAGAACAAGUAAGCUAUUUGGCUCGAUAAACUAUAUCUAUUUUUCUAAAAUGUUAAUUAACACUGUUAACAUACGAAAUAUACAAUUAUUAAUAGUCUAUUAAACGGAAAAAACAAAGACAAAUAACAUAACGAGUAUUAACUGGAGGAUAGGAAAAAUAAACCAAUGAAAUGGUGAUAAGAGCAAAAAUUGAUCAUAAGAUGGUGGUUGUAAGUAGUCAACAGCAAACCCUGGACCUAGGUUUCGUGCCACUCGGCACUCGUUAGCAAGGUGUACCUGUAAUAUUGAGGGAACUGGUGCUCCCUGAUGGAUUCAGCUUCACAGUCAAAGACGCUACCACUAAGCUAUCCGGGCCGCGACUAAUAUCCCGUAGGAAUGAGAUGUAUUUACAAUAGAUUGGUCACUGGGUGGUGAUCAAUGUCAAGUCCUUCUUAGUGCGGAUCGAAUCCUGUAAAACUAGGUCAAGGAGAGUUAUUGUAGUGUUAGACAUCUCAUGUUGUCAAUGGUAGGUUCGUUUAUCGAUCACACCUUACAAUCAGUAGUAG